UUUUAUCUUUGCCUUUGGUGGAAGAGGUGCGUUUCAACUGUGACGUAAAUGAAAAUCGCUGGAUGCACAUCUUUUACUCAUGCGGCCAUCCUUUCUCGAUUCUGCCCUAACUCGGUUGACCGUCGGUCAGUGCCUUAUCAAGUAAGUGGAGUGUGUCAAGUGCCGGAUCAUCUCUGCUCAUUUUUCAACAGGCUUCUCUCUUACUGUCGCUCUCAUCAAGUAAAGAUGAAUUUUACAAUUGAGAUUAGGUCGAACUCUCGUGGAAUUCUUCGAGUUGGAGAUGGAGAUGGAGAUGACAUAUCCUUGACUACAAACAUGGAUGGAUCAACCCGUCGCGCAAAUUUAGUAACCCGAUUGCCCUCGGCUGCAUGUGCUUCAACCGCCACAUCCGCAGUUUCGUCUGUCUAUAAUACAUCAGUUUCUACUUCAUCAGGCCAUACCUCAACAUCCCGUAUUCUCUUAGCCCAGUUAGCCCAGAUAAGAGGUAUUUCAUCACCCCGCACUUCAUCAGCCAGUGCUUCAUCAGCCCGCACUUCAUCAGCCCGCGCUUCAUCAUCCCGCACUUCAUCAGUCAGUACUUCAUCAGCCAAUCCUUCAUCAGCCAGCACUACAUCAGUCCGUGCUUCAUCAGCUCGCACUUCGUCAGCCAGUGCUGCAUCAACUCGUGCUCCAUCAGCCCGCACUUCAUCAGUCCGUACCACAUCAGUCCGUACUUCAUCAGCCAGUGCUUCAUCAACUCGUGCUCCAUCAGCCCGCACUUCAUCAGUCCGUACAUUACCAGUCGGUACUUCAUCACAUAGAGCUGGUUCAUCCAUGGCUUCGUCUCCUCGUACCCUCAAAAUAGUUCACGAGAAGGAUGAUGUAAAAAAAAUGUGUACUAAAAGGAUCUCAGGAGAAUACACAUUUGGAAGAUUAUUUUGUCCGGUUUGUUUCACCGACAUCUUGAAGCCAGAGGCUAAAGCUGAAGUGACCCGCUGCGGCCAUAUUUUUUGCUACGACUGUAUUGAGCAGGUGAUCCGUCGUGACAGAAAGUGCCCGACAUGCAGAGAGUACAUAGGUGCAGGCUUUCAUCAUGCAGUUUACUUUCCCUUGGUAGAGGACUCAUAACGCUUUGCACAUAUACUCCACGUACUAUUUUCCUGAUAAGUUUAAACUGUGGUUAUGUGUAUGUUUAAUAAUUUAUUUGAUGUGUUUACCUCGUAGAUUGUUACCUAUAUUCUUUGUCAUUUUCUAUUUUACGAUCUUUGAUAAAUAGUUUUUAUAAUGUAGUUACUAGGUCCGUUAAAUAAGUCCUUACCUAUUAGAUUGUUAUGUUUCUUAUCAUUUUCAAUUUUACAAUCCUUGAUGAGUAGUUUUUUUAAAUGUAGUUACCAGGGCCGUUCAACAAGUCUUUGGGUACACCCCCCUUGCCAUUUUCACAAAAUCGUUUAUUUUAAAAACACUACAGAUAUUUAGAAAGCUUAGGAUAUACCUGACAAGUCUGCACAAGGUGCAACUCAAUUCAUACAUUUGCACCUAAAUGCAGGGUGCUUACAACUUUUUAGUAUUCAAAGUUUUCCGCCGAAAAUGGGCAGUGCCUACUUUUGUGCCAUUCAAUGUGCAAGUUUUCUCUUUUGAGAAGAUGACUUAAAAAUAUGGAACUUAACAAAACCAUUACUUCAUCGUGUGAAGCACUUCUUUCAAUAUUCUGCUUAAUGUCUCGACUUCUAUGCACAUCUAAUGGAGGGGAAUGAGUGCUACAAUGCCACUUGAAAUCAUGUUCUCUCUUCAACAUACUUCUCGCUUGUGGCUCCAGUGGCAAUGAAAGGUCGAGAGUUUUUAUUACAUCCGUCAUAUUUCCAAAUUUGGCUCCUUUAAAAUAACAUUCCACCUUCAAUUAGUGGACGGAACUUGAUAAAGUACAUCUAGAAUAAACAGAAUAAGUAACUGUGCACACUUCUUCUUUGACGCUGGACAUCAUAUUUUCUACCACUCUAAAUUGGAAGGAGGUGAUCUAAAGAGUGAUAGAAAAGCUUCUUGUCAUGAGAAAAUGGCUUAAUUUAAGUUUUGAUUUAAUUUGCUUUUACUUUUUGUGCUAGAUUUCUGCCAACAGUGGCAAGAAAAUAUUGCUCAUUUUUGCAGGAGACCUAAUGUGCAAAAAAAACUUGAGCAUCUCCCAUUCAGGUGCAAAUGCAAGAAUCAAGUUGCAGUUGGUGCAGGCUUGUCACGCAUAUUCUAAAUUUUCUAAACAUCCUUGGUUUUUGAAAUACUACAAUAUAAAAACUUUGAUAAAAUUUUGUUCCUUUAGUUUUUAGAAUCCCUUUGAAGUUUUAAUGUUUUGGCUUUGCAUGAAAAAGAUUUAAUUACCUUUAAAUAUUUUGCAGAAUUUUCACCUAAUUGUAAAAAUAACACAGUAGUACUUUGUGGGUAGGACAUAAUUAUGCUAAAAAGAGCUAUGUUGCGCACAAACCCUAUUCAAAUAGUUCUCUGUGGCUUAAAUAAAUCCUUGUGAAAACGGGGAGGUCACUAUUUUGCAUGAAUUCUGUUCAGUGAACGCAAAGGCUUUUUAUGUAUACUGAUAAUCCUAUAUGAAUUUGUUUCACAGGACUUAUUGAUCUUUUUGUGUAUGUUUGGUUGUAAUCGGAGAGUAGACAGCUCCUUGUCAAAUCCACUCUUAAAAUUUUUUAACCAUAUCAUGUAUUGAAUUGUUGUGUUCAUGUGUUUUGAGUCACAGGCUCAAUUUCAUCCAAAAGAUUUUCAUUGAGACACAUUUGAUGAAUAAUAUUUUUUCAUUCAAUUGAUGUGAUAUGUAUGAAUUAAUGAGCAAUGAAAUGAAUUUUUUAUAUUGAUUUAUAUUUUAUUGAUAAUAAUAAUGAUGUCUAAUUAAAA